GACACACAUUCGUUUUCUUAACGAGGGGAAGCAACCAAAGGACAAACAGCAGAGAGGAAAAUGCUUUUUUACAUAUUUACCUAUCGAAAUCUUAGGGGCUCUUUUGGAUGUUGAGUUUCCCUCACUUUUGUUCUUUGUGUUAUAAUAUUAGUCUCUUUCUCUCUCUCAAACAUUUUCUAGAGAGAGAGAGAGAGAGAGAGAGAGUGAGAGAGAGAGAGAGACGGGAAACAGACAAAAAAAAGUGUCAUAAUUUUGAUCACUAUCUGCCAAAUCAUUCUAAAAAGUAAUUUUAUUUGGUCAAGAACCAUACUAUUUGGAUAUUACCUUUUUUAUUUUCUAAUUUAGUUGUUUUAGACGUGUACCUGGAUCACUUUACAUGACAAUACCUUCCUAUAGGCAUGUUUCUGCCAUCACAGAGGUGGAAAUUGUUCAUCUAUAACAUUGAUACCGUUCACUGAGAAAUUUUAUUUCAUUUUCAAUCUGGUCAGACACAUUUCCAAAGAGAAAAACUACUGGACAGUGCUGGACAUGAACUGAUAUGAGGGGAUCAUCCCCAAGCUCGGAAUCAGAAACAUAGAACAAACUGACACACUGACAGACAACGAGGCUUAACUGUGGAAACGGGCAGACUGCCGCCCAAGGACACUCACUGACCCACAGAGACGGACAGACAGACAGUCUGAUGCCAACUGUCUCCGCUGUCAAUCUCACGGCACAACUCCUCCUGCUGUUGCUAUGGGCAACCCACCCGACCAUGGCAACCAACUGGCUCUCCCUGGCGAGGAUGCCGCGCUCGCGGCCCGUGUCGGGUGCUGCCCUCUGUGGGCGGCUGAGGGGACUGUCCGUGGGGCAGGUGGGGGUGUGCAGGGCGCGGGGAGAAGUCAUGGAGUCUGUGCGCAAGGCAGCCGAGAUGGUCAUAGAGGAGUGCCAGCACCAGUUUCGUAAUCGCCGUUGGAACUGCUCCACCACCCCACGUGGAGUCAACGUGUUCGGUAGAGUCAUGAGCCAAGGCACGCGUGAGGCAGCCUUUGUGCACGCCCUGUCCUCGGCGGCGGUGGCGGUUGCAGUGACGCGAGGCUGCAGCCGGGGGGAGCUAGAGCGGUGUGGCUGCGACAGGAAGGUCAGAGGGGUCAGUCCCGAGGGUUUCCAGUGGUCUGGGUGCAGUGAUAACCUGUCAUAUGGUGUGGCCUUCUCCCAGACAUUCGUGGAUGAGACGGAGCGUGCCAAGGGGAUGUCGGCAGGGCGACCCCUCAUGAAUGUCCAUAACAACGAGGCUGGACGGAAGGCUAUUCUCCAUAACAUGCAGGUGGAGUGUAAGUGUCAUGGUGUCUCGGGAUCCUGUGAGCUGAGGACCUGCUGGAAAGUCAUGCCCCCAUUUCGGCGCGUCGGCGCAGUGCUGAAGGAACGCUUUGAUGGAGCCACAGAGGUGCGUCUGUCCCGUAUCGGUUCCAGGACAGCCCUGCUGCCCAGAGACCCCCAGGUCAAACCUCCCGCCGCCAGGGACCUGGUGUACCUCGCUGUAUCGCCAGACUUCUGCCGUCUCGACCCCGACAAUGGGAUCCCCGGGACAGCCGGCCGACGCUGUAACGGCACCUCCCGGCUGGCCCCAGAUGGCUGUGAGCUGGUGUGUUGUGGGCCAGGGUACCGGGCAGGCCGGGCCGAGGUGGUGCAGCGCUGCUCCUGUAAGUUCUCCUGGUGCUGCUCGGUCCGCUGCCAGCAGUGCAAGAACACAGUGAUGAUCCACACCUGCCGAGAGUGAACCCAGUCUAUACAGAACCCAGAGCACUGAGCAGACACGCAAGAACCUUACACCUGUCCAGACACUCUAGAACACUACCCAGACACAACACUGUCCAGACACUCUAGAACACAACAGUACCCAGACACUCUAGAACACAACACUACCCAGACAUUCUGGAACACUGCAAUGACCAGACCAGUGGAGGCUGCUGAGGGGAGGACGGUUCAUAAUAAUGGCUGGACCGAAGUAAAUGGAAUGGCAUGUGUUUGAUGUAUUUUAUACUAGUCCACUAAUUCCACUCCAGCCAUUACCACGAGCCUGUCCUCCCCAAUUCAGGUGCCACCAACCUCCUGUGGACCAGACACUCUAGAAUCAGGGUUCCCAACCUAGGAGGCGCCAAUGUUUCUUUGGGGGGGGGGGGGGGGGGGGGACCUCCCUUGACAUAAGGGGUAUUUUUUUAUUUUAUUGUUUACACCUAAAACAACGCAUAAAUCUGUGAUGCUUUAGGCUAGAAACAAGGGGUAAAAUUCCCAAGGAAGAUGCGACUCUGGGAAUAUCUUUGGUUUGUCUCUAUGACAUUCAGAAUCUGAGUUAUGACCUAAAGUCAAGGAGUCAAAGAAAUUGGCCUUGCUUGGGAAGUAAUCUUAUACAAUGUGUGACUCUGUCGCUAUCAAUUGAUCUAUUCACUUUCUGUAAAUGAGAAUAGCUAUAAUUAAAUUGAGGUUCAUAUACAUUUAAACAAAUACAUAUUUGGUAGCGGAAUAACAUUUUGGGAAAUCGGGUCAAGAUUUUAUUUUCCUUAUCCAUUAUUAUUCUAACCAUUAAAAGAGCCUACCUAAAAUCCUAGGUCCCUGAAAUUAAACAAAGUUACAUUUUUCAAAUGUGAAAAGUGGGGCCCUGGGGGAAAAGGUUGUAGAACACUGUCCAGACAUUGUUUGGGGUGGCAGCGUAGCCUAGUGGUUAGAGCAUUGGACUAGUAACUGAAAGGUUCCAAGUUCAAAUCGCCGAGCUGACAAGGUACACAUCUGUCGUUCUGCCCCUGAACAAGGCAGAACUUUGUUCCUAGGCUGUCAUUGAAAAAAAUUAAUUGUUCUUAACUGACUUUCCUAGUUAAAUUAUUUUUAAAUUAUAGAACACUGAUGACAUGUUCUACAAAGUUGACCUGACUCCGUGUGGAUAGUAUAAGCCAGUGCAUUAUGAGAGUGAGGACCUACGCAUGACAGAAACCUCUGCAAGGGAAGGGUGGAAUGACCUCUCCCAUUACCUCUAAUGCCAGAAAGUAGAGAUACUAACAAGCAUGGAGAAAGGAAACUCACUGCAUAGAGCAAUAUUAACACUCCCAUUGAACAUAUUACACUCAUGAUGUACUCUUUCAACCUAAACGGAUGAUGCAGCAUUGCAAGUCAGCGUCCUACACUGUGUAGGUGAUUGUCUAGAUCAUAAUGGCACACAGCCUACAGCGAGCACACACACACAAUUAACUUAAACUGACAAAGCAUUUAAAGCCGAAAUUAACCACUAACAGUGAAAUUAUUACAGCCCUUUUCUUAAAUCGGUUUGAUUUCAGUGUAGUAGGUAGUUGCAGUCUUUAUACAUUUACUGUAUUUAUGAGUCUUUUGCCACUAUUCUUUUAUUUAUUUGUGCAUCAAUCAUCCUGUGGCCCCUCCUCCUACCCCUCAGAUUUCACCAGUAAGGAUACCUGUCCCUUCCGCCCAGUCCAUCUACAUCCAUGUUGCUUUAGUCCAACGCUGCUGUGAAACAAUUGUGAUGCAUGUUGCUACAGUGUUCUGCAGUCGACUUGAUCAAAUAAACUUGUUUUGACUACA